GUUUAUUAAUAUACGGUCUAAAUGCUGAAAACUUUCCAGUUUGCAUGUUUCAGCAUUAGACAGACAGCGGCAGGUAUUGAGAGCAGAGCCAAACAAGUAUCGGACCGUCGCCAUACACAGGCCACAACCACCGAAGAUCCUGGGAAUCCACCACACCAUGAUGGCCACCCUCCUGCCUCCUCGGAAGAACCCAACACCAACCAAGCUCUCUCGACAGCAUCUCUCUCCUCUUCAGAUCCUUCUACAGAUGGGUUUCCCAAAGCACAGAGCAGAAAAAGCUUUGGUAGCCACAGGGCACCGAGGAGUACAGCUGGCCUCAGACUGGCUCCUGGCACACGUCAAUGACACCACACUAGACUUGGACCGGCCACGGGAGUAUGUUGUGUACUUGUGUCCCACUGGUCCUCUCUAUGAACAGAUCCAGGCCUUCUGGGAUGAUUCACUACAGAAGUGUGGCUGGAAUGGUGCCCAUAACCUGGUGCCUCACAUAACACUUUGCUCAUUUAAAUGUGGGGAUGAGAACUGUGAACCAUUGGUGUCAGUAUUGAAGGAGGUGGUGCAUAGCCUGCUGCCCUCCUUCCCCUCCAGCCUCACCCUCGACAAAUACGUCUCCCCCAAUUACAUGGGACUCUUCCUCACCGAGCAUCAGGAAGACUUAAUCAAGAAGCUUGCCAUGUCCUUUGUCAAAGAGGCAUCACACCUGUUUGACGCAGGUUGUUACGACAAACUGGAGGUGAUGGCAGUAUGUCUGCCCUGGUGUUCAGGAACUACUUUGCCACAAGAAUACUGCAGUCCUGGGGAGGUUGCCAGCAAGGCUCUGCAUCUCACCCUGGCAUACCAGUUUCCACUGUCACAGUUCCCACGUUUAGAAGCAUUAGUGGAGGCAGUGGACCAGAGAGCACCAGUUACUUGGGAGGUGCGGCUUUACUCCAGGGACACUCGCAUCCACAACAAUGAGGUACACAAGGUCCUCUACUCCCAUGUGUCACGAGACCCUGAUGAGCUUGAGCUGUUAAUUGGGGACUUUGUUUAUGUGAAGGGAGACAGCCUGGCCUCUUCCCCUGAUGGGUGGGUAGAGGGAACGUCCUGGCUCACUGGCUCCACAGGCUUCCUUCCCAUCAACUACAUCGAGCGGACAGCGGAAUCUGAUGCCUGGACCCUUCAUAAAAGCAUACCGGUGAUUGGCACCAGUGGAAGAGAGUGUGUGGAGUCCCUACCUAACCGCCCACCCAUCUCCCUCUCAUUACUGAACCUCAUAGAGAACAGUGAGGGGUCCCGACGCUCCACUGAGGCCCUCUCAGAAUCUUCUUCCAUGGACCGCCUUCACUCUCGACAGGCUUCCUUAGAGGCCACACAGUCCCCUCUGCUGCACAAACAGGAGGACCUUGAUGCCCUCUAUGCCAAGGUCAAGAAGCCAAAGAAGGAAGGGCCAUUGUACCAAUUUCCCAUCAAGGGUCCACGUAAGGUGAUUGUGGUGCGUCAUGGAGAGAGAGUUGAUUUUACCUUUGGGGACUGGAUACGCUUCUGUUUUGAUGAAGCAGACCACUACCAGCGUCGGGACCUCAACAUGCCAGAAUCCUUACCUGAGCGUGCUGGGGCACCCCACAGCUUCUACAAGGACUGCCCACUCACUCAUGUGGGACUGCUACAAGCCACCCUCGUGGGUCGUGCCAUGCAUGCCAGCGGUAUUGAGGUGCACCAUGUCUUCUGCUCACCGUCCCUUCGUUGCGUCCAGACUUGCACUAAUAUUCUCCAAGGUUUAGGAAUAGCAGAACACAUGCCAAUCAAUAUCGAGCCAGGUCUGUUUGAGUGGCUGGCCUGGUACCAUGAUGGGAUGCCUGUCUGGAUGACCCUGGACGAACUCUCUACUGCCGGGUUCAACCUCAAUCAUUCUUAUGACCCUCUCAUCUGCCGGGAGGAACUCAAGGACACCCAUGAGAGCUGUGAGCAAUAUUAUGGGCGUAAUGCUUACGUCACACAGAGUAUUAUCAACACCACACAGGCACAAGGAGGAACUGUGUUAUUGGUGGGACAUGCUGCCACUCUUGACACCUGCACAAGACAGCUGGUGGGGGGAGCACCAAGAUCUGCCCAUGAAAUGAGUUCCAUAAUCAAGAAGAUUCCCUAUUGCUCUACAAGUGCUGUGGAGGAGGGGCCCUCAGGUCACUGGUCUUUGGUUGAGCCAGUCCGCCCUGUCUCCAAUACUGGCCAGCCACACUAUGACUGGAGGAUUCUCUUGAGUUGAAGGCGUGAACGAGGUUCUCAGUCUCUGCUGAUUAAGGCUUCCUCCUCUGGCUCCUUCACCAUCUCUGCUUCUGACAACCCCUGUUCUAAUACUUCCAGAACUCUUGGCAAGCUGUCACAAAAUGCUGUUUUAUUUUAUUUGCUUAUGUACUAGUGUUUACCAUCCCAGAACUUUGUUUGGUUUUGAAGAGAGUGUAUAAAGAGAUGCUGCUUCCUGUGCAACAUAAAAGCAUUGCUGUAGUUAUGUUAACUUGAGGUGAGGCAUGAAGGAAGACAGUUCUGUAUCUCACCUUGAUUAACAUUACUUACUUGGAAUAAUAUUAACUGAAUGAUGUGAAAAGUAAUGAACUGCUCUGCCAUGAUCCAUCUUAUAAAUGUUGUGUGAAAAGAUUCAUAAUACUUAAUAAAUGAUGUAGAUGGGGUUGUGGGAGACUGUGGAAUGAGUGAGAAUGAAAUACAGUGUGGAAGAUUGAAUAAUUGUUGGACUGAUGAAGUAAUGGAAUCAUCUAGUGAGUGGGACUUAAGCACCUGCUCUGUGUUCUCUGCUAAUAGGUCAGUAUCCCCUUAACAUGAAUGAGAUGAGAGUGAUUAAAGAGAUGAGGAAAAAUUAUAAAAGUGUUUAUUUAUAGGAAACUAAAAACCAUCACUGGUGUAAAGAAUGUUCACGAAUGAUGACAAAAUGAAAACAGAUUACUAAAGAUUCCACAGAUUCAUGAAUAAAAAUAUGUGGGUGAUUAAAGAAAACAGUGACUCACCAGAACAAAUAGGAGAACCACAAGGCAGUUAAAUAGAAAAUACAGGACUUCACCUUAUAUUUGAGUGAUCAGUAACUGUAAUAAACUUAUAUUUACGCACUAGACAGCCUUCUCACCAUACCUCUCUACUGUCAUUGCUAUUACCACUGCUACUACUACUACUACUACUACUACUACUACUACUACUACUACUACUACUACUACUACUACUACUACUACUACUACUACUACUACUACUACAUCCAUCACCACCACUAAUCAGCACAUCUCCCUGCUCAACAGAUUCCCUACUGCUCCUUUGCCUUUGCUGCUCAGGAGAACUCAGGCAGCUGGUCACUGCAGGAGCCUCCCUUCCCCCCUACCACUCACUCCAGCAAUAUAAGAUACGACUGGAGGGUGAUGAUGCCAUAACUUCCCAUCCAGUCAUGUGUUGUGGGUGAGACUGUAUGAUUGUGCAUGUGUUUGUGUGUUUGCAGACUCAUUAGAGGCUCUUCCUGCCUGUGUGUGUGUGUGUGUGUGUGUGUGUGUGUGUGUGUGUGUGUGUGUGUGUGUGUGUGUGUGUGUGUGUGUGUGGAUCUGUCUGUCUGUCUGUCCGUCUGUCUGUCUGUCUGUGUGUGUGUGUGUGUGUGUGUGUGUGUGUGUGUGUGUGUGUGUGUGUGUGUGUGUGUGUGUGUGUGUGUGUGUGUGUGCUUGAAUUGGAAAGGCAUUAGGGGUUGAGAGUUAUUCUCUUCAGCUUUCAGGGACAAACACUAAGCUGUGUGCUGAGGUGAAAAUCCAAUGCUCAGAGAAGUAAUUAAAUGAAAGAAUAUAGUUACAAUUCACAAAGGAAAAAUUGUUUCUCAAAAUGGGUGAAAAUGUCUGUGAUGGAUAAUUUUCUUCAUUGUAAUUUAUGGAAGUCAAUAUAGAUUUUGAGAAGGAUAAACUAUAGGCACACUACACACAUUCAGGUUUAUUACAUUCAGUCAAAGUGAAUAUAUUAAAAAAUAAAUAAAUAAAAAAUCAAAGAAAUAUUAGGAUGAGCAAAAUCAGACACUUGCUGAUAACUACAUACCUAUACUAAAUCUACAGAUUUCUCUUAUAUCACUCACAGUUUCAUGUCAUUCUUUCCCCCUCAACAUAGUGCAUACACAGUAACCAGUAAACACAACAGCAGUAUGGUAUCUGUGUUGGUUAUUGCCAGAGUGUUUGCUAGACUCCCUCAUCCUUGCUGGGAGAUGUAAUGUACCCGUGAUGUACACAAGCCUUCCUCUGAGGUGAUAUUGUGGACAAAGAGGAGGAAAGGAGUAGUGAAUAGAGAUAAAAAAGUCUGUUAGUUGUCUAUGUGUAUGAGCAUGAUGUGCAUCUGAUAAUAAAAAGAAAAAUGAGAAAAUAAGAUUAGAUCAUGAUAAUAGAAAUGUUGUCUGUUUUUGUGUUCAGAUUACUCAAUAUUAUGCUGGUAAGGAGUUAUCAUUGUAGAUCAUUAUUCUCUGAUUGUAGUUGUGUGGUUGGAAUAGUAUUUAUUGGGAAGCUGAGGAGAUGAGGGAAGUGUUAAAGCCUAUAUUAAUUCUGAGGUUGUAAGAGGUCUCUGUGCUAAGAGUAUUAGAUGGUAUUAAGCAGAUGUGGUAUGUUAAAAAACUAAACUAUUUUGUGUGUUGUGUGGUGGAGAGUCAUAUAUAAGUGUUGUUAAAAUAAUAAGGAGUGGAAGGAAACAAACAUUUGUAAAGCCAUGGCCAUGAAAGCACAGUCUGUCCCAUAUUUAUAUAGUGCAAAUGAAAUGGUCAUUUGUCUCUUGAACUGCUGCACUUACUUCCACUGUACUGUGCAUAGCAUCUUCCUUUAAUCUUAAAUCUAUUGAUAUAUUCACAAUCUAUCUGCUGUCAAGUUUUGUAAGAUUGACAGCAGAAUAAAGGACCCAAGAUCAUUUGAAAAUUAUAUGCACAGUGGAAAUGUAUUGUGGCAGGUUACUUAAAUCCAGACUUUCAUUGUGCCAAGUAUGUUUGGACAGACUCUCUUGGACACACUAAGUCUUCCCAAACAAACUUGGUGGCUUCCUUGAGCCUUUCUUUCAUGGAAUUUGGGACAAUGGACCGUAUGCCCAAGUGUUUUGGUGUCUUAUUGUGAUGAUUUUUGACAGAUUAUAAUAGAAGUUAUAGAGGUUUCCAAGAACGUUUUCAUGAUUCUUGUGAUUGUGUAGCAAAGAUUCUUCAUCAUGAAUGAAAAAAAGAUAAUAUGAGGAUGCAAUGAAUCAUCUCUGUGGCCUUUGAAAAUAACCCUUAUGAGAGAACAAAGCGUUUGGAAAUACGGACCCUUAUGACUCAGACUGUCCAUGGCCUGUCUUGGGUACUGCUUUCUGUGCUGUGUUGGCUCAUUCCAUGGUAUUGCCUCAUUCUUGUGAGGAGAAAAAAUAUUUACAAGCUAUUGUGCUUUUAAAUCAAGCAUAAGUAGCGCAUAUAUUAUUAUUUUAGCUGCUUUGGGUUUGAGUAAUGAAGCUCAUACAUUGCACGCCAUUCUCAGUUUUAGUCAAAAGAAGUGUGUAGUGUUUAUGUGAAAUGUAUGUAAUUAAUUUGAAUUUGUUUGUAUUCUUAUGUGAGAAACAAAAUGUAAGCACACACACACACACACACACACACACACACACACACACACACACACACACACACACACACACACACACACACACACACAGCAUUUGUUGAUUUCUCCAUACUACAAUCAGUGACAGAAAAAAUAAGUUAAUUUUUUAUAAUCACCAAGAGUGCUGCAAAUAUGUGAAAACAUAAUAUAUUUAUUUCCAUUCAUGUGGAAACACUAUGAUUGCUUCAGACAAUUUGUUGAUUAGAUUGUAAUAAGAAAACAACUUUUAUGUGAUCCUUCAAAGUAUUUAUUUACAAUUUACUCAUACCAUGGAUUGCUGUAUUGGUGAACUGAUGUAGUUACCCACAUUACCUGCUUGAAGUACAAGGAGGAAAAUGGAGUCUGCCUCUUGAAAUCUGUGAAGAAUUGGUUGACAACAUUUUUCUCUCUCCAAUUUGGUCUCUGAGGAGGCCAGAACAGUGUGUCAACUCUGUGCCUCCCAACACUGGACCUACAAGCAGGCUGGCUGUCCCCUGCUGAGUUCCUUUUAGAAGCUAAAAGAAAUUACAGCAUUGAGUCAUCUUUCAUUUUGCACAGCAUUGGUAAAGGCAUUAAUUAUUGCAUGUGUGACUGGCUGACUGGCAUAUCUUUAAACAUGUGAUUGGUCAACACACUCACACUUCUGUAUUCAUAAUUACUUGACUGAUAGUAUUGUAUGUAUAGUGUGUGCUGGUAGUUGUUAAUGCUGAACUUUGUUUAGCACUCACACUACUGCUCCUCAAAGUCUGCCUUGCUGUUUGGCCUCACUCCUGUGCCCUUACUGCUGUUACUUAACUGCACUGACAAGUUUUGAGAAGGUUGGAUGUUGCUGUAAAGUAUUUGUAUGUUAUGACAAUUUUACAACAUGAUGCCAAACAUUCAAAGAUUAAUUGAAAUGUGAUUUACUUAGCAGAAGCUUCAUUGCAUUAUACAGAAGCAGUAUCAGCAGAUUCUUCAUUUUCCAUGCCCCUAGCAAACUAAUGAGAAAUCUAAAGAUUACUAAAGAGAAGAGAAAAAAAUAAAGCCAUUUGUCUCAUUGCUGUGGAACCUUAACUCAGAUUUGUCCAGUAUUGGGAGGAUUUGCUGCACAUGCAAUGAAUGUAAUGAAGGAGAAAGGCUGGUUUGCCACUAAAAGGAGGAAGGGAAAAGUCUGUAGGGUCUUGUUUAGCAAUCAUAGCUCCAGCCAGGCACCAGGACAGGAAAAGCAGGUGAUUUUGGUAGUCAUAUAGAAUGUGGUGGCUAUGGUGGUGGUGGUCUUGGCUGGCUGACAAAGGUGCAUAUUAACUGCCUUAUAUAUAAACACCUUUGGCCUCUCUAAUGUCCCUAUUGAUUCUUGUAGUCUUUAAACCUGUACUCACUCUCCACAGUUAUGUUUCUUUCCUCCAAUGUGCAGCCUUUCCCUUCAUCCCACUGAAACUCGUAGGUGCUGCUGCUGCUGUUGUUGUCAGAGUUACACAGCAUUCAUUGCCUCCAACAGCAAAUUCCUGUGAUUUAUACAGAUUUUUAUAGUUAUUUAAGCUGUGACCUGGAUUCUCAACUGUUCAGUGUGUUUGAACUUCAAUGUGGCAUUAUAUACAUGCUACACUUUUUAUCAAUAAGAAUAUUACUUGAAUAUUAUUUUAUUUGUAUGCAAGUCAUAGGAGACUGUCAGCUUAGUUGGUUUUAUGUAAGACAAGUGAGUGGAAUGUGAGAAGAAACACAAGAUGAAGCAAAAGUUACUUUAUUUUUCAUGUUUCACACUAUGAAGAAAGCAACAGCUGAAAUAUAAAAGAAGUAAACUAUUUCAGCUUCCUCAAAUGUUUUUUCUCACCACCAUAUUCCACUUUAUUGGUUUUAUUAAGUAUGUAAGUAUAGUGUGAACUAUUUUUUCAUGUGUAUGCCCUAUAAAUUGACAAGUCUACAUUUUUUUUUUUUUUUUUUUUUUUUUUUUUUUUUUUUUUUUUUAUGUAGGAGGGACACUGGCAACAAAAAUCCAACAAAAAAAAAAAGCCCACUGAGAUGCCAGUCCCAGAAAAGGGUCCAAAGCGGUAGUCAAAAAUUGAAGGAUGUCUUGAAACCUCCCUCUUGAAGGAAUUCAAGUCAUAGGAAGGUGGAAAUACAGAAACAGGCAGGGAGUUCCAGAGUUUACCAGAGAAAGGGAUGAAUGAUUGAGAAUACUGAUUAACUCAUGCAUUAAAGAGGUGGACAGAAUAGGGGUGAGAGAAAGAAGAAAGUCUUGUGCAGCGAGACUGCGGGAGGAGGGGAGGCAUGCAGUUAGCAAGAUCAGAAGAGCAGUUAGCAUGAAAAUAGUGGUAGAAGACAGCUAGAGAUGCAACAUUGAGGCAGUGAGAGAGAGGCUGAAGACAGAGGAAAGGAGUUGAUGAGACGAAAAGCUUUUCAUUCCACCAUGUCUAGAAGAGCAGUAUGAGUGGAACCCCCAAGACAUGUGAAGCAUACACCAUACAUCGACAGAUUAGGCCCUUGUAUAGAGUUAGCAGCUGCGGGGGUGACAAAAACUGGCGGAGACAUCUCAGAACGCCUAACUUCAUAGAAGCCGUUUUAGCUGCAGAUGAGAUGCGAAGUUUCCAGUUCUGAUUAUAAGUAAAGGACAAACCAAGGAUGUUCAGUGUAGAAGAGGGGAACAGUUGAGUGUCAUUGAAAAAGAGGGGAUAGGUGUUUGGAAGGUUGUGUCGAGUUGAUAGAUGGAGGAAUUGAAUUUUUGAGGCAUUGAUCAAUAUCAAGUUUGUUCUGCCGCAAUCAGAAAUUUUAGAAAGAUCAGAAGUCAGCCGUUCUACAUGAAAUGUUUACUUCCUGAAGGAUUGGAAGUCUAUGAAAAGACGUGGAAAAGUGCAGGGUGGUAUCAUCAGUGUUAGAGUGGAUGGGACAAGAAGUUUGGUUUAAUGGGUCAUUUAUGAAUAAUAAGAAGAGAGUGGGUGACAGGACAGAACCCUGAGGAACACCACUGUUAAAAGAUUUAGGAGAAGGACAGUGACCAUCUAUCACAGCAGCAAUAGAACAGUCAGAAAGGAAACUUGAGAUGAAGUUACAGAGAGAAAGAUAGAAGCCGUAGGAGGAUAGUAUGGAAAUCAAAGCUUUGUUCCAGACUCUAUCAAAAGGUUUUGAUAUGUCCAAGGCAACAGCAAAAGUUUCACCAAAAUUGCUAAAAGAGGAUGACCAAGACUCAUUAAGGAAAGCCAGAAGAUCACCAGUAGAGCGGCCUUGACGGAACCCAUACUGGCGAUCAGAUAGAAGGUUGUGAAGUGAUAGAUGUUUAAGAAUCUUCCUGUUGAGGAUAGAUUCAAAAACUUUAGAUAAGCAGGAAAUUAAAGCAAUAGGACGGUAGUUUGAGGGAUUAGAACGGUCACUCUUUUUAGGAAAAAGGCUGAAUGUAGGCAAACUUCCAGCAAGAAGGAAAGGUAAAUGUUGACAGACAGAGAUGAAAGAGUUUGUCUUGGCAAGGUGCAAGCACAGAGGCACAGUUUCGGAGAACAAUAGGAGGGAUCCCAUCAGGUCCAUAAGCCUUCCGAGGGUUUAGGCCAGUGAGGGCAUGGAAAACAUCAUUGUGAAGAAUUUUAAUAGGUAGCAUGAAGUAGUCAGAGGGUGGAGUAGAGGAAGGAACAAGCCCAUAAUCGUCCAAGGUAGAGUUUUUAGCAAAGGUUUGAGCGAAGAGUUCAGCUUUAGAAAUAGAUGUGAUAGCAGUGGUGCCAUCUGGUUGAAAUAAAGGAGGGAAAGAAGAGGAAGCAAAGUUAUUGGAGACAUUUUUGACUAGAUGCCAGAAGUCACGAGGGGAGUUAGAUCUUGAAAGAUUUUGACACUUUCUGUUAAUGAAGGAGUUUUUGGCUAGUUGGAGAACAGACGUGGCAUAGUUCUGGGCAGAAAUAUAAAGUGCAUGAGAUUCUGGUGAUGAAAGGCUAAAGUCCCUUUUGUGGGCCACCCGUCUAUCAUGUAUAGCACGAGAACAAGGUUUGGAAGGUUUAGGUCGAGAAAAAGAGUGAGGAAUGUACACCUCCAUGCCAGGCACUAUCACCUCUGUUAUGCGCUCAGCACACAAAGACGGGUCUCUGACACGGAAGCAGUAGUCAUUCCAAGGAAAAUCAGCAAAAUACCUCCUCAGGACUCCCCCAACUAGCAGAGGCAAAACACCAGAGGCACCUUUGCUUAGGAGGAUCCUGAGGAGGGACUGGAGCGACAGGACAAGAUACAGAUAUGAGAUUGUAGUCGGAGGAGCCCAACAGAGAAGAGAGGAUGACAGCAUAAGCAGAAGGAUUAGAUGUCAGGAAAAGGUCAAGAAUGUUGGGCGUAUCUCCAAGAUGGUCAGGAAUAUGAGUAGGGUGUUGUACCAAUUGCUCUAGGUAAUGAAGGAUAGUAAAGUUGAAGGUUAGUUCACCAGGAUGGUCAGUGAAGGGAGAGGAAAGCCAAAGCUGGUGGUGAACACUGAAGUCUCCAAGAAUGGAGAUCUCUGCAAAAGGGAAGAGAGUCAGAAUGUGCUCCACUUUGGAACUUAAGUAGUCAAAGAAUUUCUUAUAGUCAGAGGAGUUAGGUGAGAGGUAUACAGCACAGAUAAAUUUAGUUUGAGGGUGACUCUGUAGUCGUAGCCAGAUGGUGGAAAACUCGGAAGAUUCAAGAGCAUGGGCACGAGAGCAGGUUAAGUCAUUGCACAUAUAAAUGCAACAUCCAGCUUUGGAUAAAAAAUGAGGAUAGAGAAAGUAGGAGGGAACAGAAAAGGGGUUACUGUCAGUUGCCUCAGACACCUGAGUUUCAGUGAGGAAAAGAUGAGAUUUAGAAGAGGAGAGGUGGUGUUCUACAGAUUGAAAAUUAGAUCUUAGACCACAAAUGUUGCAGAAGUUAAUGAAGAAAAAGUUGAGGGGGGUGUCAAGAUGUUUAGGGUCGUCAUCGGAAGGGCAGUCCGACCUGGGGACAUUUGUGGUCCCCUCCCCAGAUAGGGGACUCCAAGGCUGGUGUACAAGUCGCCAUGAAUUUUGAAAUUUUGAGUGAAGGGUGUGUGUUAUUAGGUGCCCCCUUGUGUUGUGAGACACAAAGGGAAACGUUCAGUGAGGUCACAGCUGGGUUUAAUGAUAAGUUCACAGCACCCCCUGAUCCAGUGCUUUAGACCUCACUGAGAGUAAUUAUCAUUUCGGCAGGUGCCUACUGCCUCCUCCUCAAAUGACUGUAUUCUCAAAAGGUAAAGGUUUUGACUACUGUUAGUAAGUCUUAGUGGAUAUUAUCUACGUUUUCAAGAGUGCUUUCAUGUUUAUAGUGAUAGGGAAACGUUCAGUGAGGUCACAGCUGGGUUUAAUGAUAAGUUCACAGCACCCCCUGAUCCAGUGCUUUAGACCUCACUGAGAGUAAUUAUCAUUUCGGCAGGUGCCUACUGCCUCCUCCUCAAAUGACUGUAUUCUCAAAAGGUUUUGACUACUGUUAGUAAGUCUUAGUGGAUAUUAUCUACGUUUUCAAGAGUGCUUUCAUGUUUAUAGUGAUAGUUUAACAAAAUUUUGCACCACCAAUGGGAAAAGCACUUGGGAGAAUCUGAUUAGUAAUUUCUGAAGCAUUUGAAAAUAGUCCUGAUAAGAAUCCAAAGCAUUUCAGAAUAUAGGCUAAAAUUAAUGUAUAUGAUACCACUGAACAUUUCUCAAAGUAGACUAUUUAUAGUAGAAUUAUAAGACCCUUACUCUUAAAUGAUUGUUGUUGACAUGAAACAUUUUUAGUAUAUUGAUAGCCCUUCCUGUUACAAGAGUUUAAUAAGGUAAACUGGCAGAUGAAGUAAAGACGAAGAAGUAAAAAGAUUCAGAGGAAUAAAAGAGAGGAGGGAAACAAGGGACUAUAAUACAUUGAUAUACAACAAAUGCAUAAUUUCAGACUACUCCUUAUUCAACAGAUCUCCUUUCAUUAUAUUCAUAUUUCACAUUAACAGUAAACAGACAGUGUGCACAUGUAGAAUUAGUUCACAUUGUACAGUAAUAUAUGUAUGUGGUGUGUAAGUGAAUUAUGGAAAAUGGAAGAAGAAAAAUCUACCUUUGAAAAACUUAUAGUAUUGGAAAAAUUUAGUUUUCUAACCAAAAAUACAUAGAAAAAAAAAGUAAAAAAGCUAUGUACUAAUUAGUUGUGAAUAAUGUAAAAAAAUAAAUAAAUAAAUAAAAUUAAUUGAGAGGACAGAGUCAAGUGACCAACAAUGAACUCCACUUAUUCCAGUCAAAAGCAGUGUGACAACCAUCAGGCAGCACAGAGGUGUCACUUGGAGCCCUCCAGAUAAAAAUUCAUACUAUCUACCAGUACUGUCAUUCAAAUGUCUGCAGAUUUCCCAGACUCUUACACUGCCAGGCUCUGAUGGAAAGUCAUUGUGAAGACCAAGCCAAGGCAGAUAAAUGGAAUAAAACAUAAGAACAUCACUGUGUCAAGUGAAUGUAUCCAAGAGUGAAAUCCAGUACCUAAUUUGCCAUGUUUGAAUAUACCUUGUUACAACAUAUGUAUUUCAUAGGACUUUCUCAGAAAUUUUCUUCAUGUAUUUAUUCAGCUAUGUAUUUUUGUUGUAGGAUAUUGCAGAAAAUCCAAGGAAUUUAAAUUUAGCCCUCAAGAGAACCAGUAUUUUUGCUAGCUGUUACAACACAAUGUUUUAAGCCUUGGUGCAUGGUGCUCACACUGGACUGUCUGUAGCUAGUGCUGCAGGUGAUUUUAAAAGUGUUAUAUAUUUUUCUUUCAUACAAAACUAUUAUUUUUUGUCACCCAGUAUAUAUUUUUCUUUCAUACAAAACUAUUAUUCUUUGUCACCCAGCUUGGGCUGUGAGCAGGUCCCUGUUUCUUCCAUUUAGUCACAAAACCUGCAACCCCCAUCAGCCAUCUGUGUACACAGUGCAUGCACACACAAGUGAAUACCACACCUGUGCUCAUGCACAUUCACAGUCCUUCAUGUAUGUAUGUACACUUAAAUGAACAGUGGCCAACUUCCUUCCAGGGAAAAAAAUAUUAAAUAUUUUAUAUUUUCAUGGAACAAAAUUGUUUUAUGUAUUCUAGUCAUAGUCUGAGAGCAGAGUAGACUUAGAUGUUUGGUUCAUAAUUAUGUAACUGUAAGGUGUGGAAUGACAUAUCGUGUAGUACCUUCAAUCUGAUUCCAAUUGCUCCUUCGUAUGUCUUGCUCUUCAGGCAGACUAAGAAACCCUGGGACUUGGAUGAAGUAGGUCUUGUGUUGUGAUGUGUUGGGAACACCUCACCUUGACCUGUUGCACUUUGUAAAUGUAAAAUGGGCUUUUCUUUUUCAUGUUAAUGGUGUUAAAAAUCUGAAGCUGGAAGAUGAGCAUUACACCUAUAAUAAAGGUGUUUUAGUUUUGACUACAUAAAAGAAGACAGGGCAAGAGGUGAAUGAGUAAAAAAAUGUGUCAGAAAUGCUUCUGUGUAAAAUAUUUUGAGUGGAUAAUUCUAUAGAACAAAGACUGGAUCAGCUAUUGAUGUAUUGGCUUCUUACGUAAGUAAAAGAAAGAAGUGUUCAUUGUGUCAAUUUGCAAGAGGAAGAUAAAACUGAGGAAAGCAGAAGCCCAAGAGUGAACAUUAAGGAUUACAUUGUAUUAUGAACAUAAUCAGAGUCAUCUUACUUGAGAGUGUUAAGAAAAGUUUGUGUUUAAUAAAGAAUGAAAAAAGGGGGGAGGGGAGAAAAGUUGCAUGAAGAAGUGAGAAAUUGGAAGGAAAAUGUAGCUGAAGACACUAGCAGAUAUUUAAAAAGUGUGGCUCUUCAGGAGUCUCAGAAGUACCUACAAUGUAAGAAAACUACUUGAAAUUUUAUGAAAAUGAAACCACAGAGGAAAAAGUUUCACACUUAUAUAACAGUAUUCUCCUCAGUACUACUACUGCCACUAAAGGAGCCUAAAAAGCUUCAGUAUACUCAUUCCACACUCACUCCACCAGUGCUCCCUGAGUGACUCACUGCUCCACUCCACUCUAGUAUGUUAUGUGUGUUGCUGUGAUCCUGCCCCCUUGGUGGCAAUUCACAAAGGACUGCAAACACACAUGAUAUCUUGUUUAUUCUUAUUUGUUGUGUUGAUUAUUGUUUUGUUCCAUAGAUUCUGUAUUGCUUACAACUGAAUGCCAAGAAAAAGUAUAUAAAUAAUGUUGAACUGA